CAUGAUUGUAUGGUACCUGUAUAUUGCAAGGUGUGUGAUAUGAUUAUGAGUGUAAAUGUGAUUUCUUCAAUGAUCUAACCAUGGCGAAAUGGAUUGUCUUUUUGUAUGAUCUGACAAUGGAGAUAUGGAUUGUCUUUUGUAUGAUCUGACAAUGGAGAAAUGGGAUUGUCUCUUUGUAUGAUCUGACAAUGGAGAAAUGGGCCGUCUCUUUGUAUGAUCUGACAAUGGAGAAAUGGAUUGUCUCUUUGUAUGAUCUGACAAUGGAGAAAUGGAUUGUCUCUUUGUAUGAUCUGACAAUGGAGAAAUGGGUUGUCUCUUUGUAUGAUCUGACAAUGGAGAUAUGGAUUGUCUCUUUGUAUGAUCUGACAAUUGAGAAAUGGGUUGUCUCUUUGUAUGAUCUGACAAUGGAGAAAUUGGUUGUCUCUUUGUAUAAUCUGACAAUGGAGAAAUGGAUUGUCUCUUUGUAUGAUCUGACAAUGGCAAAAUGGGUUGUCUCUUUGUAUGAUCUGACAAUGGAGAAAUGGGUUGUCUCUUUGUAUGAUCUGACAAUGGAGAUAUGGAUUGUCUCUUUGUAUGAUCUGACAAUGGAGAAAUGGGUUGUCUCUUUGUAUGAUCUGACAAUGGAGAAAUUGGUUGUCUCUUUGUAUAAUCUGACAAUGGAGAAAUGGAUUGUCUCUUUGUAUGAUCUGACAAUGGCAAAAUGGGUUGUCUCUUUGUAUGAUCUGACAAUGGAGAAAUGGGUUGUCUCUUUGUAUGAUCUGACAAUGGUGAAAUGGGUUGUCUCUUUGUAUGAUCUGACAAUGGAGAAAUGGAUUGUCUCUUUGUAUGAUCUGACAAUGGAGAAAUGGGAUUGUCUCUUUGUAUGAUCUGACAAUGGAGAAAUGGGUUGUCUCUUUGUAUGAUCUGGCAAUAGAGAUAUGGAUUGUCUCUUUGAAUGAUCUGACAAUGGAGAAAUGGGUUGUCUCUUUGUAUGAUCUGACAAUGGAGAAAUGGGUUGUCUCUUUGUGACAAUGGAGAAAUGGAUUGUCUCUUUGUAUGAUCUGACGAUGGAGAAAUGGAUUGUCUCUUUGUAUGAUCUGACGAUGGAGAAAAGGAUUGUCUCUUUGUAUGAUCUGACAAUGGAGAAUAGGAUCGCUUCUUUCAGUAUUUCAGUUUUGUGUGAAUUUAUCUUAGCUUUUGUUUACUGAGUUUAUUCAUUUUAAAAAUUAUAUUUCAAACUAGACAAUUGCAAUGCCAGGAUGUAGCAAAUGCUAUUGAGCAUCUUGCAAAGAAGCAGACAAAUGUAUGGUUGUCAUUCAAGAGAACUCAGGUAUAAUGAAUCACUCAAUUGCAACAAAAGUGGGUGUCAAUUUUUGAAGGGAUAAUGAGUCAAUGAAAAUUAACAAAACAAUAAAUUUCCUCUGAAACAUGUAAAAAUGGCCACCAUUUCUAAAAAUGGCCACCAUAUUGUGUAAAAGAUCAGACUGAGGAGUUUUCUAUCAUUUAUCCAAACUUUGUUUAUAGAUAAUUUAUCCAACUUAUACUCAAAUUAUACUCAAAUGUAUACCUGAACAUUAGGAGUAUAUGUAUUAUAAUAUUGCAUUCCAUAAUUACUCUGGUAGUCUAAUAAUAUCAUAUCACAAUAAAAGGUAUGACAGGGAAACAAGCAUUUUACUACUUCAAAUAUAUUGAUAUUCAGGGCUUUUUAUAAAACAUUGACAAACAUACUUUUAGAUAAAAUAUUUUUAUGGCAAGCUUCUCAGAAGAGACACUAUAAUUCUCAGGAGAGCCACCAUAAUUAAAUUGAAUGGUGCUAAAUAUACUAUUUAUGAACAUUUUACUAAUGUUUACCAUGUGUAUUUUACUAAAGCUUGGUGAUUGGUGUUUGCAUUCUUAUACAGAAUAUAAAGGACGAUUCUCGGUUUGGAGAACGAAGUUCAUCAAUCUAAAUGAGCAUUAUCCCUGCUUCGGACAAAUUUGAUUUUUUUACAUAAUAUAGAUUUGAAUGUCCUCUUUUGAAUAGUUAUAAUUUAAUUUGGG